CACGGGCGAGCGGCCCUUCCGCUGCCCGCACUGCCCGCGCACCUUCGCCGACUGCUCCAACAUGAACAAGCACCGCAAGGUAACUGCUCCAACAUGAACAAGCACCGCAAGGUAACUGCUGCUCGAGCACGCGCGCCGCCACACGGGCGAGCGGCCCUUCCGCUGCCCGCACUGCCCGCGCACCUUCGCCGACUGCUCCAACAUGAACAAGCACCGCAAGGUAACUGCUCCAACAUGAACAAGCACCGCAAGGUAACUGCUGCUCGAGCACGCGCGCCGCCACACGGGCGAGCGGCCCUUCCGCUGCCCGCACUGCCCGCGCACCUUCGCCGACUGCUCCAACAUGAACAAGCACCGCAAGCAAGUCCACAAACAAAUCAGCCUCCUGGCACCGGAGCCCUCGCGCUCCGCCCCAGUGGCGAUGGUAGCGGAGCCCUCGCCCGAGCCCGCGCUCGACAACGCUGGGGAUUCGGAUUCUGAGCGCGUCAUCUACGUAGCCUACGACGUGGGCGCAGACGAGCCCGCCUACCACAUCAUCGAUGCUG